GGAGGAUGCCGAAGCUUUCUUUCUCGGAGGGCAAGGAGGCCGCUGCGAUGAGUUGCGACGUCGUCUUCGGCUGAUCGUGCCUGUCCUGGCAGCUGGCCUCGCAGGGGUGCGGGCCCCUGGCACCGCCAGAGCCAAGCGCAACCUGGCGUCGCACGCCUUCGACGUCCCCGUGGCGGUCAUCGAGGGCGCCUCGCAGACGGCGCUCAACAGGCUCCAGCGCGAGGGUCUGGCGGCCAUAGAGACCACGGCAGCGCCCUCGGCUCUCUGCAACGACGUCCCCGCUUUCUGUUUGGGGCUGGGACGCUGGGAGCCGACGGAAUCCCACCAAUCCGUCGGCACGCGGUGCACAUGCGGGGCGGUCGCAUUCUCGUCGAGCACGGCUGAAUGCGCUGGGGUGCCGCGCGGCACGGGGACGCCUCGAGCUGCAGCACGGUCGAGCGCGCUCCGCGCCGAGGCGGAGUGCUUCCAGCAAUCUGAGCCUUGGUCGCACGACGCCAGAGAGUACGAGGUGACCGAGGAGCCCUACGCCCAGCCCGACGCCCAGCCCGACGCGGAGCUUUCGCAGACCGACGCCGAGUUCGUGCAGGGCUCGGUGCAGGAGCUGGGAACCGCGGGCGAAGAGGGUCGAGGAGGAGGUGUACGAGGAGUCCCCUUCUCUUUCGCCCCUGGUUCGUUUCGCCAGGGUGGUGUAGAUCUCGAUAGUGAAGAUCAGAGUGCUGGUGCUUGCGGUUAUCGAGAUCGCCGAGGUCUCUCCACGAAGAGCCGCAAGAAUGAUGUGGUUCGUCGCAGCCCUGUGUAUUUCGAUCCUGGCCUGAAGGUACCGCAGGGCGCAGUUUCGCAGGCUUCUGGCAUCGGCCCCCCGCAGGAGGCGGAAUGCAAGCAGCAGUGAUGUUAUCCCUCCUGCUUAUGUGUGGCAGCUGUACUUCGUGCUCCACGUGCCGUUCGGCUACUUCCUCGCGGUCUUCGUGUCGCUCGAGGGCGCGCUGCACUUCUGAGUCUCGAGCCCCGGGCUCGUCAGAGUUGUUGAUGUCAAAAGGAGCUGCUCGCGUUAGGUCUGCGGGGUCUGUCGGCUCCGUCUGUCCUCGGUCCCUGGGGUGCCCGUCGUGCGCGUCGGCCACCGCCUUGG